AUGGAGACGCAAUCCGAGUUCGGAGGCUUCGGGGGAGCUGGCGGCGGUGGUGGAGGUGGCCUUGACGAUGCCUUUCCUUGGGGCGAGCCUUCACUCACAUCGUCGCCAUGGGCAGGUCGCAGUCAGCACGGCUCCCCGCCCCGACCUGGCCAGACCCUACCUGUGGGGCUCAGUGCAACCUCCCGCACCUUGGACAUGGCGGCCAACCGGCUCAACCAACUGCAGCAGCAGCAACAACAACAACAAAAAUGUCAGACUCUAUGGCCAACCGGUAGUCAGCCUGGGCCGACGAUCUACAGACACCAUGCCCAAUAUGCAACUGGGCCCUUUGCCUCUGGACCGAAAGAAGUAGGCGUCCGAAGAUGA